CGAUCCUCUACCCAGCGAGCGACACAUCGAACGUCUAGCACAUCGGACCACCCACCUUAGUCAGUCAUGUUUGCUCUCCAACAAGCUGCAGCGCUGAAAGGCUCUCAUUCAGGAAACGGUAUGUGAGCUAUAUUGACACUCAAGACAACCCAUACAGACUUCCGCUGUCCCUUGCGUCGUAAAAACUCAGCAAGAACCCCUCAUUCGUGCCUUUAGAGCCGACGUAACGCUCUCGCAACAAUGCCCGUCUACCUCGUCCACGGCUUCCGCUGGCCCCGUGAAGGCUUCACCGGGAUUCGCGUGCAUGCGAUCGUCAACAAUCUAGACGAUACGAGUGUGGAAUAUAUACAGAAUGAAGGUUCACGGAACGACAUCCUCGCGAGUCUCCGCAAAGGAUUUCCGGACAUCAUGAAAGAGCUGGAAGGACCGGGCAGGAAACUUGAGUUCAUUGAGCAAUACAACCCAGACGACCUCGAAGGCCCCUAUGCAGUCAGCCAGCCGUACGCUUUCGUGGGUGACAAGGUCGUCACGAUCGCUGCGUCGCCCGGGAUGGGCCUCAAUGGACCCGGAAGUGCACAAGCUGUGCCAGCGACCACACCAACCAAGAAUACAACAGCCGAAACCACAACAUCUCCCAGGAAACCGCGGGCCGCAACGGGCGCCAUGUCCAAGCCCGCUCCCUUUAAUUCUCCCGCCGAUAUCACGGCGCUGAGCGUCAAUGUCGAAGAAGUCAUUGCCGACGGGCCAGGUCUCACGAACAAGGCCUGGGAAGCACUGGCAGAUCUACGCGAUAAACUCGCCGAGGGCGAGAAGAUAGGCUGGUGGGUCGUAUUCAAUGGCGACCCCGAACGAGCUUACGACGAGGACGAUGAAUACGAGGACGAAGACAUGGACGAUGAGACGGAAGCUGUUGGGGGCGAAUAUGUGGAGGACACUUUCCCACAACCUGGAGGGCGAGGCCGGCAACAACAAAACCAACAACAACAGAGACCUCGCACGAGUGGCGGAUCUGCAAGUCGACCCCAGACUGCUCCAAAUGACGGUAGAGCUGAAAAGCGCCCUCCGCCGCCGCUACCCAGUACGUUACCGCACAUAGCUACGCAGCAUCAAGGACUUACGGCGCUGCCGAUACGUCCGAAUGCCGCAGAGGCAGCGACGGGUCGGACAGAUAAAGGGAAACGGAAAGACAACAUCCCUGAGCCGGCCAAGCUCAAGGAGACCGCCAAAGCGCAAGGCUUGAGGAAGAAGUUCUUUGGUCGACGGGCAUGAUCUGACGAACGGUCUAUUUCGAAUCGGCAGAGAACACCACCAUUUAUGAACAUUGGAACUUGAGGAACAUUUGAAAUGGCCAUGUAUUGCGGAAAGGUUCACAACGACCAAGCCUGAAAGUAUCGGGCAAAAAGCCAUGGAUCCAAUCGCGACUAUGGCAGCUUUAUUGAACGAAAGAAAGAAGAGGGUUACGUUACCUUGAACAGCUACGUAUUCUGGUUUUUCCAUGCCGUGGUUAGAGAAACAUUCCUUGGGAAGCGAUGGAGUGAGAUUUUCUCCAAACAUCGGGAGGCAGCCUUAUAUGUACGUGGUGUACCGGUCGCUAUUCCGGGUUCAUAGGGCCUAAUGAUGGGAGAAAUGUCGGCCUGCGCGGGGAGAGAGCUAUCCAUAGCAUUCAGACGGACGACAUCCCCACCAGUUUGGCCACGCCUUGCACAGGCUUCGCUGCCCCAAAGGAUGGGGUAU